CGGGGUGGGUGGGGUCCCCCGGGUACCCCCAGCAUCCCCCCCCCCCCCCACCACCCCGGGGUCCCCGUCCCCACCCGCAGCGGGGUCUCCCCGUCCCCUCCCUGGCUUGGGGGUGCCCCGGGGGUCCCCUGGUCCUGCGUGGGGUGUCGGUGCCGGCCCCUCUCCCACGCUACCCUCCCCUUUGCUUCGCAGGCGCUGGGAGCGGAGCCCCCACGGCGAGGACGUGGCGUGGCAGCGUGUUUUUCAGCCUGACCGCGGGUUGCCGUGCCUUUUAUCAUUAUUAGUAUUAUUUUUAUUUUUAAUGAUUUAUUUUUAAUUCCCCUCUCCUCCGCCUUGCCCGGGGAGCUGCGGGAUGGGGAGCCGGGAGCUGCCCCCGCUCCCCCUCCCCGGGGGCCGCUGCCGGCGGUAGGCGCCCCCCCCCCCCGGCUGCCCCCCGCCAUGGGGCAGGGUGCCGUGGGGCAGGGUGCCAUGGGGCCGGCCGGGGCGCUCGGCCUGGCCGGGGCGCUCAGCCUGGCCGGGGUGCUGGUGGGCGACAGUGGGGCGCAGCCAGCCGGGACCCCACUGCCGCAGGACCUGGGGCACGCAGUCCCUCCCGGGGGGGAUGCUCUGAGCCACAGCCGGGGCCUGGACUGCUGGGAGGUGCGGAAACACAACAGCUCCGAGUGGUGUCGCUUUGUCCGGAGCAACCCUGACUGCCGGCUGGAUGGUGGCUUCCUUGACUACCUCGAGGGGGUCUUCUGCAUCUUCCCCCCCCAGCUGCUCCCCCUGGCUGUCACCCUCUAUGCUCUCUGGCUCCUGUACCUGUUCAUCAUCCUCGGUGUGACAGCAGAGAAGUUCUUCUGCCCCAACUUAUCGGCCAUCUCCACCAACCUGAAGCUGUCUCACAACGUGGCAGGUGUCACCUUCCUGGCCUUUGGCAACGGGGCACCAGAUGUCUUCAGCGCCAUGGUGGCCUUCUCUGACCCGCGGACAGCGGGGCUGGCCAUCGGAGCUGUCUUUGGUGCCGGCGUGUUCGUGACCACUGUGGUGGCUGGGGGCAUCGCCCUGGUCAAGCCCUUCACGGCCGCCUCCAGGCCCUUCCUCAGGGAUGUCAUCUUCUACAUGGUGGCUGUCUUCCUCACCUUCAUGGUCCUCUACUUCGGCAGGAUCACUCUGGGAGAGGCUCUGGGUUACCUGGGCCUGUAUGCCUUCUAUGUCUCCACCGUGGUGCUCUGCACCUGGAUUCACCGACGGCAGCGGAGGGAAGGACUGGCCCCUGCCGGAGCCUGGGAGCCAGAGAUGCCAACAGAUGCUGAAGAGCAGGAAUCCUCAGGCACAAACAGUGCGGACUAUGGUGAGGAGUACCGUCCCCUGCUCCCCUCCCAGGAGACCUCCCUGCGCAUCCUCACCACUGCCCUCAGCCCCUUGGACUACCGCAAGUGGAGGAGGAAGCCCUGGUACUGGCGGCUCUUCAAGGUGGUCAAGGUGCCUGUGGAGCUGGUGCUGCUGCUCACUGUUCCCAUUGUGGACCCCGACAAGGAUGACCUGAACUGGAAGAGACCCCUCAACUGUCUGCACAUUCUCACCAGCCCCCUGCUCUGUGUCCUCACCCUGAAGUCGGGCACCUAUGGGCUGUACCAGAUCCAGGGCAUCUUCCCAGUCUGGGGACUGGUCAUGCUGGUUGGCUCUGCCCUGGCCAUCAUCACCUUCAUCACCACAAGCAACGAGGAGCCGCCAAAGUACCACUGUGUAUUUGCCUUCCUUGGGUUUUUGGCCAGUGCCAUGUGGAUCAAUGCUGCAGCCACAGAAUUGGUGAACAUCCUCCGGACCCUGGGCAUCAUCUUCCAACUGAGCAACACCGUGCUGGGCUUGACGCUGCUGGCCUGGGGCAACAGCAUCGGCGACACCUUCUCUGACCUCACCAUGGCACGGCAGGGCUAUCCCCGCAUGGCCUUCUCCGCCUGCUUCGGGGGCAUCAUCUUCAACAUCCUGGUCGGCGUGGGACUCGGCUGCCUGCUGCAGAUGACCAGCAGCCAGCUGGUGGUGAAGCUGGAGCCUGACAGCCUCCUGGUCUGGAUCCUUGCCGGGGCCCUGGGGCUGAGCUUGGUCUUCUCCUUCGUGUCGGUGCCAGCGCAGUGCUUCCAGCUGGGCAAGGCAUAUGGUGUCUGCCUCAUCCUCUACUACCUGGCCUUUCUCUGCGUGGCCCUGCUGACCGAGUUCAGGGUGAUCCGGCUCUCCGCCGUCUGACCGGCCCCAGCGCCUGCUGGAGAUACACAUCCAUCCCUGGCUCGUGUUCUGCCUCCCUGCCGAUCAGGGCCUCGCUGUCCCCUCUCCCUGUCCCUGCCAGGGGAACAAGGGCACCUCAACCCCAACCGUGCUGCUGUCGCAACAUGCUGGAGGCAUCAGGUGCCAGCCCAGCCCUCAGCCUUUGGCUUUCCGGCGCGGGGGGCUUGCUUGUUUGUGCUUUGGGAAGGAAAAGGAGCUGUUAGGCAUUAGCUACAUCCUCUCCUCGCUCGGUUUAAUCUUGUUUAACUCAAGGCGACUCUGAGCAGGAGUGAGGUUAAGACCUCGGCUCCCUCCGGUCCCGGUGGCAGGGGCAGAGGCGAGGGCAGCUCCAGCCCAGGGUCACAACAGGAGAGGUUUUACCUCUGCAGCCACUUUACUUUCCCGUUCCUGUCUCCAUCCUGCGGGCUCUGGGACAGGGCUAGGGCAAUCGUGCUACACAGAGUCACUCUGUGGAGGUCUGAGCAGAAGUUUGUCAUUGCAAAGGACGUGACGUGUUUGCACUGUGAAAUAGCAGCUGAGGCGAAGCGAGAUGAGGUUAAGGUGAGACAAAGCCCCAGAGCAGUACUUGGUUUUAAUGCAAGCAAAGCUGGAGGGGACACACACACCCCCACACCCCCACACCCUAAACCCAAACCAAGGGAGGGGGGUUUCCCCUGCUUUUUAAAAUUGUUUUUCAACCUGACUUUCAGAUGCUACUUUUCUCCUCCUCCUAGGAUGGACAGAGCUGUAGGAAAGGACUUGGAGGUUUCCACACACAGUGUUAGCCUCUGGCAAGACUAGGUUUAGGCACCGUAAAAAAAAUUGCAAUAAAAAACCCCCAAAGACA